ACCAAUGUAUUGUCGCACUGGGCCUUAAAUGGGCUGAAAUGGGCUGAGGUUAAGGCCUAUUAGCCCGUUAGAGAAUUCUGAAGCCUAACUAGCAUAUAAAGUUUAAAAACCCUGGUUCCAGAUUUCUUCUUCUCUCCCAAUUGAACGACCAAAAAGUUGCAGAGCACACACUCUCUCAAUACAGAGAUGGCGAGCACUGAGCCAGAGCGCGAGAACCGUGAAGAAGAAGCUGAAGUCAACGAAGAUGAAGAUACCGGAGCUCAGGUAGCUCCGAUCGUUAGGCUUGAAGAGGUUGCAGUCACCACCGGCGAGGAAGAUGAAGACGCCGUCCUCGAUCUGAAAGCGAAGAUGUAUCGAUUCGAUAAAGAAGGAAACCAAUGGAAGGAGAGAGGAGCUGGAACUGUUAAGUUAUUGAAGCAUAAGCAGACUGGCAAAGUUCGACUUGUUAUGAGACAAUCUAAAACCCUAAAGAUCUGUGCCAAUCAUCUCAUUUCGUCUGGGAUGAGUGUUCAGGAACAUAGUGGGAAUGAGAAGUCUUGUUUAUGGCACGCUACUGAUUUCUCCGACGGCGAGUUGAAAGAUGAGCUUUUCUGCAUUCGAUUUGCUUCUAUUGAGAAUUGCAAAACGUUUAUGGAGAAGUUCACUGAAAUAGCUGAAAGCCAGCAAGUAGGGAAAGAGAGCACAGAGGGCGACGAGGCUGCUGGUUUAAUAGAGAAUCUAUCAGUUGAAGAAAAGAAAAAUGAUGAGAAAGCCAAGGAAGCAGAAGAGAAAGAGCCUGCAAAGGAAGAGAAAGAAGCAAAAAAGGAGAAGGAAGAAGAAGAGAAGAAAACAGAGGCAAGCACUUAAGUGAUCAAAUUCAAAUUGGUUGUUGGCAUCACAAGUGUGCUUUGCUUUAUUUUAAUAUAUAGAUAUUAUACUUGCCACUGAACAUGAUGGUAGCUUCAAAAGGAGUCACUCUCGUCUCUCAAAGCUCGAGUCUUUGCGCUGUUUUAGAGAAAGAGAAUCUUAAGAUUUUUUAUGUUGUUGUAAGUGUUUGACUAUUGUGUGGUCUCUCUACUGUGUCGUUUUGGCUUAAGAUAUUAGUAUUUGUCAUCAAAUUAUUAUCCUUGCUUUCAUCUUAA